CUUCUGGUUUUUGUGUGGAAAGACCUAGCAGGGCGCCUGCUCCGUCCCGCGAGCGCUAGUUUGCCUACCGCGCUCAGGCCCGCAUUUGCGCGUGUGUGUGUAUCUCCCUCCAUCUGUCGCCGCAGUCGGUCGUGUCAUGCAUGAAAUCACGGCCUGGUCCCAAUGCAAAGACGCCGUCAUGCAAGUUGCGCACACAUCCACCACGACCUGUCAAGCAUGCGAAGGCAAGAUUGCCAGCGGCCAAUUGCGCCUUGGGGUCAUGUAUCUGCAUGUGGAUGGGUUCAUGCUCGUCGAAUGGAUCCAUUUGAGGUGCCAGCCGUGGCGCGUUACCGCAUUCGACUCGAUCAGCUUCGUCGACCGCGGUUGCCUCAGUGUCGACCAAGCCCUCCACAUUCGCCGAUGGCUUGUCAGCUGCCAGACCCAACUCACUGAAAGCACUGCAAGUGACAUCAUAGCAUUAGAGGCAUGGCAUGUAGUGAUGCCGUUGACCACUUUGUAAUACACGUACGAGGCCAGUGUUCUGAAAAUGAAGUAACGAGGUCAUUGGCAUUUACGAUAUUGAUCCAC